AUGAACAAUAGUAAUAAUAAUAUAUUUAUAUUUAUAAUUAGAAAUAGAUAUCUUCAAAAUAUAAUAUUUAAUAAUGUAAAGUUUAAAUUGGUUCAUGAAGAAGAGAGACAAUAUUGUUUGUUUAAAUGGUCUUACGAUCAUUGGAAUAAAGUAUCUGAUAUUCUAAAGAAUGGUUAUUAUGGACUGUUGAUUGACAAGGUUCAGCGAGGUAUACCAGAUACAGUAUGCAGCUUUACUGUACGUGAUGCUGCUACCAUAUGUCAAAGAAUUACAAAUACAAAUCACUUUUCAAUACUUUAUAACAAGUUUCGUGAUUACUUUGUCGACCCAUCACUCUUGGAAUUGGCUUGUCGUGGAGGUAAUAUAGAAAUCAUCGAUAUUCUAUUAAAUCAAACAUACCCAAUCGUACUGCCACAAUCUCGAUCUUAUAUUGGUGCUGCAAUGGGUAACCAUAUUCAUGUAUUAGAUCAUCUCCUCGAAAAGAUGGUACCAUUUGAUAGGAAGAAUGAUCAAUUUAUAUUCGACUUGUUGACAGCAUCCAUGUCACAUCAAGGUGACGUCAAUUGUCUUCGUUGGGUACAAGGUCAAUUCAAAGAUAAUCAAGAACUCAGUCCAUAUCUGUCACAAAUAGAACCAAGAUACUUUUAUUGUUGUGGUGAUAUCUAUUUGCCAGAGUUUCAACAGUCUCUAUCAUCGUUGAAAGAGAAAGAUGUCAAACAAGAGUUUAAAAUGUCAUUACAAUAUAUAAUCGAACAUGACGACUUUACAACUAUAUUCACUCUGUUUGAAGAUACAAUUGACAAGUGGAUACUUUUGGAUCUACCACAAGAGUACAGUCAAUUCAAAGGAAUUGCCAAACAUUAUAGACAUCACUCUGACAGAGAUCAAUUGGUUGCAAGUUUAUUCAUCAUCGUCUAUGCAACAAUGCAUCAAAAGGCAGAAAAGGCUAUACAUAACAUUAUGCAACUACUCCAACACCCAAAAGAUCGACAUUACUUUUUCUCAAAUGUAUUGUGUUUGGUGUCUACUAGUGCUGCUGUCAACUCUACAAUAUUCAAGGUAUUGGGCUCAAAAAAAGAAUGGUUUCAAGAAGUAUUCAAAGUAUUUGGAUUUGGAUCUUGUUUUAGAAAUACAUUAUCUGCGGCACCUGAAACUAUACAAUUAGAUUUCCUCAACUCAAAUAGUGAUUGGUAUCUUCGUAUGGAUAAUCUAACAACAUCAUCUUUCAAAGUUGCAAAUGAAUUUAGAGAUAAAUUCCCAGGAAAGAUAUUGAUUAAAAAUAUCGAUCUUGCAAAAGAUAUUACAUCUCAAAACAUAUCAUUUGUUUUUAAUGAUGACAGAACUGGUAAAUACUCAAAAACAAUUAGAUUUGCAAGAGAGACAUAUUUGGAAAUGAUCAAUUAUAUUCUUGAAAUAACACAAGACAAGGAUUUAUUGGUUAAACUUACGCAAAAUGAUCAAUUCUUUUCAUAUUGUGGGUAUCAUGUACAAUUACCAUUUGGAUCAAAACUAAACAAAUUUAUGUUUGGUUUAAAGCAUCAUUUACAAGUCAGUAGUGAUUUGUGUAGUAGUCGAUUGACAUUGGAUGCAUACAAAUUAUUCAAAAGUAGAAUAUCCUAUUUCCAACAUGACCCAUUUAUUUCUGGUGACCUAGAGUUGAUAGAGUACCUAUGUCAAGGUCGCAAUGUUCAAAUCAUCAAUUCAUCAGUGACAAAUGGAAGUGUAUCAGUGUUGAACAAACUACUUUUCGAUAAUUUAAAUUAUCUUGAAGGUCCCAAUGACGAUGGUUCAUGGCUCAACAAGAGUCAGUGUUUACAAAAAAUAAUAGAGCUUGGAAACAUUUCACUUCUUUGUCAUUAUCUAUCAAUUUCAGACAAACAAACAAAUAACAACAAAGAAACAUUGAUCAAGCUAAUUGAUAUCAACUCUCCUUCUUUUGCUCUAGCCCUAACAGUCACAAAUAAUCAAAUACCCAUUCUAGCAAUGUUGAUCUAUCUCGUAACAAAACUUGGUUUAAAUUUUACAAACACAAGACUUAAAUCUCUAUCACAUAUAAGAGACAAUCAAUACUUUGCAAAUACAUUAUCAAAUUUAUUAAAUAAAUAA